CCAUCUGCUAGCCCCUUUCUCCUGUCACUUCUCCCUCGGUGAAAUGGUUCGGUCUCACCACACAGAUUUCAUUCAUAAAAUUCCAGCUCACUAUAAAAGGCGGGCCUCUCCACUAUGUGCACAGUUAUGAACCUGGCAAAUGGAAUAUAGGCGUCCGGGACAUCCGUUUUCUGUCUAGCACAGACUGACUGUUCAGUCUCUUAUGCGGUGAUUUAAUUUUAUUUUGAAUUUUUAUUUUUUAAUGAAACCAUGCAUCCAGACUCCAGCACUGAGUUCGACUUAUCGUCCAGCUGUAGCACAGCAUCGCCUGGCGGGGACACCCCUGGGUGCAGUCAGCAUCCUCCUGACUCGCUUUCAUCAUCAGUGGACAGCACCAAGGAUACUGAGACCAGUGCAGCAGCCUCCUUUGUUCCGACUGUGACUGCAAUCUCAACAUCGCCAGAACUAAAGUGGAUUGUGCAGCCUACAGUCAUCACAUCUGCCUCUCCGUCGCCCUGCCGUGCAAAGCCCAAAACUCAUGCAGCGACCCAGUCGUCUUCCCGGCCAGGUGCAAACAAGGCGAGAGCCAGCAACAGGAAAGGGCCGAAAGAGCAGCCUUCCAAAGAGGAGGAGGAAAGGAGGAGGAUCAGGAGGGAGAGGAACAAAAUUGCGGCAGCCAAGUGUCGUAACAGGCGGAGGGAGCUGAUAGAGACCCUUCAAGCUGAAACUGAUACUUUAGAAGAAGAAAAGUCCACCCUGGAGACAGAGAUUGCCAACCUGCUGAAGGAGAAAGAGAGACUAGAGCAUGUCUUAGCUUCCCACCAACUGUCCUGCAAACUCUCCUCAGAUGAUGACGCCAAUGGUGAUGAUGAUGAGGGGGAUGAUAAGGAAGAUGAUGUUGAGACAAUGCUGCAGGAUCCACCGGACUCCCCGCAGCUGCUUUCCAUUUUAGAGAAUGGAAAAACCCCAGAGAGCAGCACAGCUGGAGAAGCCCAUAUUGGUCAAGACAUGAGCAGUGUCCCUUGCAUCCCUGCUGCAGCCAUCUUGGGAAACUCCAACAUCCUCCUGUGUUCCAGCGCAGAAGAGGAGGCUCUGGAGGAACUGAAAGGAGAUGACUUGGAUGACUUGGUACCCAGCAUACAGAUGGAAGUGACGCCUGAGACCGCCGCAUCUGUCCCUGACAUACUACAGAGUACUGACCUGAGUGGGCCCUUCUGCCUCUCAGACUGGGAAACCCUGUACAAGUCCGUGGCAAGCGACCUUGAGUCUCUGAGCACCCCAGUCAUGUCUUCCAGUCCCACUUGUAGCAAUUACCGCACAGUGUUUUCCUUCAAUCACUCCGAGAUUGAUUCCCUGGCUGACGGCUCCGAGUGCCUCAAAGGCAGCCUCGGCGCAUCCGAGUUAAUGAAAGAUAGUCUUAACUCGCCCACACUCCUGGCCUUGUGAAUGCAAAGAAGUUAUGCAACAAUACUGUAUUCUAACCAGCCAGCAAGCUCCAGUCGCUCUCAAAUAACCUUUUGUAGUGUGAGUUUCGAUGUCGUGCAUAUACCUGAAAAUCAGAGAUUGUGUAGACGCAGUGUUUUUCUGUGACUGUAAACACGGUUGAGUUCUUCCAUGCUGUUGCUGCAGUUGUCUGAGAUGAGACCUUGUGCUAGUAAAAUGCAUGCAAAUACAAGUCAUCUGUAAUCCAAGAAGAGAUGGUAUUGUGUUGUUUAAAAAAAAGCUCUGCGUGUGGUCUGAAACUAGAUCCUGCCGAGUAGCUUAAUAUAUGUGUAACACUGUUUUUGACAAAGCUGUGUUGUAACAAGUGAAUUAUAGAAGGAUACUAAUAUGUAAGUGUAACAUCUUGCUGUAAGGUGCCCCCCCCCCCGCCUCCAGACCUGAACUGACAUUUCCUUUUACAUUUGUUUUCCGUGAAAAACAAGAUCAUGCCAUGUAUUUUAUUGAGAUGUAUUUUAUGACAUAGUUUAUUUUUUUACUUAUGAAAAUAUAGAGAUGCAAAAAAAUCAACAUCAAACAAACAAAAUCAGAAACAAAAGAAAACUAGAAACUAGAUAUUGAUAAAAUAUGCUGGAAAUAAAAUACCACAACUGCAAUUAA